CCACUCAUUUCUAGAAGAUUUCCACAAGACCCUCGCUCCUCAUUAGCUCACUUCUCACCUUCUCAUCUUCUCUUACCAUCUCAUCUCCUCUCAGUGCUCUCACUUCUUCUCUUUUCUUCUCAUCUCAAGACUCAAGCCUUCAAACAAAUGAAUAGCCAAACACCCACUAGGACUACUACUAGUGGAAAAGAUGAGAAGGUGAGGAGAAGAUGGGUGUUGUUGUAGGUAAAAAGUUUUUACUUUUUUUAUUUUUUUUAUUUUUAAAUCGCGGCACUCCCGAAGACCAACAUGGCUCCGCCACUGCGAAGGCGUCAAUGGCAGCAACAGCUGAGAGGAAGGUGGAGGUGUUUGAUACGGAGGAGGAGGUGGCUGUGUCUCUGGCCAAGUACAUAGCCGAUCUGUCUGAUAAGUUCUGCAAAGAGAGAGGGGCUUUUACCAUCGUUUUGUCUGGUGGGUCUCUCAUCGAGUCCCUCAGGAAACUAGUAGAACCCCAGUACAUCGAUUCGGUUGAAUGGUCGAAAUGGCAUGUCUUUUGGGUAGAUGAAAGAGUAGUGCCAAAGGAUCACAAAGACAGUAACUAUAAACUUGCUUAUGAUGGCCUUCUUUCUAAGGUACCAAUUCUCCCUGGUAAUGUUUAUGCCAUCAAUGAUGCACUGUCAGCUGAGGGUGCAGCCGAUGAUUAUGAGACCCGUCUCAAACAUUUGGUUAACUGCGGUGUGCUAGCUUUAUCAGCAGCUAGUGGGUUUCCAAAGUUUGAUCUCAUGCUUCUGGGAAUGGGUCCAGAUGGACAUGUGGCUUCUCUAUUUCCAGGGCACCCUCUCCUCAAAGAAAACAAGAGAUGGGUCACCUUCAUUAAGGACUCGCCAAAACCGCCUCCGGAGAGAAUUACUUUUACUUUUCCAGUGAUCAACUCGUCUGCAUAUAUUGCCCUUGUGGUGACUGGUGCCCCUCAAGCUGGAGCCGUGCAGAGAGCAUUAGGAAAUGGACAAAAUUCUGAUAAGCUGCCUGUUCAAAUGGUUUCACCUGAAGGAGAGUUGACUUGGUUUUUGGACAAGGAUGCAGCUUCAAAGCUGUAGGAGUUGGAAUAUCUUUAGCUUUGUGAGUGAUCUAUGUAGUAAAUUAGCAUGUUGAUCAUGUACUGUGGUUUGAUCGGAGAUCAUAUAGGGGUUCUGCUGGACUUUGUGAUCUCUAUAGUAUGUAACAACUAGUGAGCUUUUUCCAUCUUUUCUGAUGGCAAUAAAGGAAGCGUCGCUGUUUGUACA